AUGGUGGUUGUACGGUACCGCAUGCGGCGGUCCAGGGACGACGCUUUGUCUACCGAAGACCCUGCGCUGAUGGCUUGGUCCAACGGCAGGGGCGUCAACGACGAUAGCAGGGUGCUAAAGAAAACGGAGAAGCGAUCCCGCAAUGGAUGUUUAACGUGCCGUGCGCGCCGGAAGAAGUGUGAUGAGACACGGCCGAAGUGUAUUGGCUGCCAGCGCAACCUGCUGCUGUGCCACUGGGCGGACGACGACGGAAACUACGACGGUCAUUCGCCCAACAAGGAGGAAGUGGGCAUCAAAUCGAACGAUGGGUUCCUGAACUGCACGCUAGAGAACUGGGAGGCGGAAUACGAAGUCGGGAAGUCAUAUCGCUUCUUUUCGGUGCCUGCCGAACAGUUGAAGUUCGAGUACACUGUUGCUCUCGGACGCGAUAACAGCAUCUGGAGGCUGCAUCGCAAUCACGGUUCAAAGCAGCGCUUGCAAAAGUUCCCAACGCAUGGCCAGUUGGAUAAGAGUGGGGUAACGCCACGUUCUGCGCCAGUGAAGCUUCACAAGUAUCCAGUUGGAACAAAAAAGAGUGCUCGCCGGAGCAUAUCUGCUGCAAUCUUAUUACAAGACUCAAAGAACGACCUACUGCCCUCGGACGCUAGUUAUGCCGUACAGCGAGAUGACCUCUUGGAUUUGAAAUCACUGUUCGACUUGCAAAUGGAACCAUAUCAGCAGAUAGGUGAGCCGCAGUUAUGGGGAUGCUUUCUAUAUUCAGGCACUCCCUUAGAGACUAUUCAACCGAAUUAUAGCUACCUGUUAUAUGACCAUAAUUCUAAUUCUGUUUACUACAAGGAGGUGCUGGAGAGUUUUAGACAUGGUGAUUUAUCGCAUGCCAACAGUAUCAAGGAAGAUGACGGUUUUCUUUUCUACGUCUGCUACAAAGAGUUUAUUCCUCUCCUUGACCCGCGGGACUCCACUUAUCGCCUGGUGACACACACUUCCUCCGUUAUCCAACAGGCUGAAAACAAUCCUGUCAUAAAGGAGUUGAUCCUAAGCUGCGGUGCAUCUUUUCUGCAGUAUUAUUCAUACGAUACCUUUGCGCCUCUGAGCGACAGGUACUAUAAUACUGCCAUAAUAUUUCUAUCGAACUUUCUAGGGACUCAAGCAGUCAGCGGCAACGAAGUGUGGCUUAUGGCAGCAUUUCAGUUGAUGGCACUCAAGAACAAGUGGUGUCUGCAGAACAACGUCAACGAUGUGCUUGAGUGCCUUACAAACUCCUAUCUUCUGCUCAAAAAUUGUUAUUUUGGACAGUUUGGUGACUCCAUCAGCGAGCUCUUCUUGUCACAUCCACCGCUUGCUGCAUGCAACUCUGGUCUCACCGGAAAUUUGGGGGUUCGCAGUGCUCUGGAACGUCCUGCCAUUCCUAGCUCAUGCGAAGGCGGCGAGGUUUCACAGUUGCGGGAAAACCCGUUAAUACUUCUUCCUCAGGAAAGAACAUUUUUGGAGGCUUUCAUACAUUGUUACAGUGUUUGCAUAAUGUUUGCUACCGAUCAAACACAGAUACCGGACCCUUUUCACAUUUUUAAAGAGUUGAAUCCACUCUUUAAAUGCCCAGUUCGUCAUAAUACCGAGGAUUGGGUUUCGGGCGCUUCGUAUGGGUAUACAUUGGAGGCCUUUGAGAUCCUCGCUAAAGUAUCCUACAUCUCGCGUUAUCCGAUGCCCAUAACAGAUCCUGUCAUUUUACAGAAGUGCCAGAACCUCCAAAAGAUGGCCCGCUACUAUAGCAAUAACCUAUUCUCCACAGAUGGACCCCAAGCGUAUGACACAUACCAGUUGUACGCGCUUUCAUUCCUAUCGGGCCUGAUUCUUGCACGUUCAAGUUACCUGCUCAUCACCACGGUGCUCGAGUACUCAGUCAUCCAGCCGCACUCACCAAAGUUGCAGGAGACGCUCGGUGAAAUCAUGAAUUACUUCGAGGCCAUUCCUUUGGAUGCAAACAUUUGGGGUGCACUCACCUGGCCCUUGCUGGUUUGCGGUGUCUAUUGCUGCACUCCAGAUGACCAGACUCAUAUCCGGUUCUAUCUCGGGUUUCUUGGCAAGCGAUUUGCGCUGCCAACGACCGGAUCAAUAAUCAGCUACUUGGAAAGCGUCUGGCGUCUUCCAAUGGAGCAACGUAUCCCACAGUUAUUUAACAGGGCCGAGUUGUGCAAGAUAUCUCUCUGA